UUCAUUUCUUCCUCAAAUGCGAUUCAUUCUUCUCACCACAUUUGUCACUUUGACAACAUUUUUCCGAUAUUCUGAUCAAGCUGUUCGCCCUGUAACCCUAUUUAUUCAUUUAUUCGAUGUAAAAGGAAAACGAUCAACCAUUCUGGAUGAAGGAUAUAAGUAUACUGUAGGUGAAUUGAAGAGUAUGCUUGUCAAAGAGAUUGAUGUGUCCGGACAUAUUUUGAGACUUUAUUUCGAAGGUCAAGAACUCUGGAUACCCGACCGUACUCUAGCAAGUUAUCGAGUUCGUCCAGGAGAUACUGUAGAUAUUUACCUGGAAAAUAUAGCAGAACAACUUGCAAUCAAAUUCGGAAAUCAAGACAAAAGUCCAGACGGAAAAUUGAGAGAUGAAUAAUCAAGUUCCAAUCGUACAGAAAAAACGCAAUAUUUCGGAAUGCAAUAUUUUAAUAAAUUUUAAACUAAUUCUUAUAAACGUUUUGAACACUU